AACUUGAUUUACUAUCUCACAGGGGAGCUAACAGGAUGGAUGGUGUUCCUCUGAAGAUACCACAGAGUGCCUCGCAGGCAGUCAAAGAUGACCUGAUGGUGGUGGUUCCUGAUUACCUGACCCUCCUGCAGGACACAGAGUAUGUGUUCCGUCUGGAGAACUGGGUUCUAACGGGUUUACAGAGUGGUUUUACCAGCCAGCCUUGCCCUCAGCCUUCCUCCUCGUCUUCCUCAGACCAGCUAUCAUCCUGUCCUCCAUACUGGAUGAUGUUCAGCAGCCCUCAGCAGAGCCGGCUGGCCAGCCGCCACUGCUCUGAUUUCUGGGAGCCCAACCCCCGCCAGCGCUCACACAGCCUGAACCCCACCGUGCUGCGCUCCAAGUCCGCUGUGUCAGACUCUGUGGAGGAGGGAGGUGGCUGCAAACAGAAGGCCAAGGACAGUCUGUCAGUCAAAACCUGCACAGGUGGGAGGAGUCCUGCUACCUCAGGUCAAAGGAAAGCACAGAAAGCCUUCAUCCCAGACCUCCUGAACCCCCCUGCCUGCCUCAGCAGCCUCCCCCACCAACGUAGGAAGAACCUCCGACAGUGCUCCCUGUCCGUCCUAGACACUUCAAAAUCUGAUCCUGAGACAGACAACCAGACCAAGAAGACCCCAGACACCAGGCCCUCCAACACCAGGGCCCCUAACACCAGAGCCAAUACAGUGGACAGACUCCCCAGCAUCAACUACCCCAACACAGCAAAGACGUCUCUGAGCCCAGUCACCUGCACAGCGCCCCCUUCAGCCUCCCCUCGCUGUCGUCUCACCUCGGACUCUUCAGUAGAGCUUCUGUCUGCUCUGAGCUCGGAAGAGAGAGACCUACUAGGUGUCAUCACCGCCCGGGGGUACCCCCUUCAGACUGCUAUCAUCGCCUUGCAGAAGACAGGCCGGCAGACCCCAGACCAGAUCCUGAGUUACCUGGUGGCCUGUGAGCACCUUUGUCAGCUAGGUUAUGACAUGGCUCAGGUAGAGGAGGCUCUGGAGAUGUUUCAGAACUGUGAGACAAAGGCGGAAGAGUUCCUGCACCUGCUCAGUCAGUUCAAUGAGAUGGGUUUUCAGCAGAACGCCAUCAAAGAGGUUCUGCUGGUCCAUGAGAACCAUCGAGAGCGGGCGCUUGAGGAGCUUAUGAUGCGUGUGGCAUGAAGUUUACAUGUAGGAACACAGCUGAGGAUGGACUAUGGCCUUCUGAGCUCAGUAAUGUGUAGUACUGUUCCGUGGAUGAAGAUGAAGAUGAUGAUGAUGAUGACGGUGACGAGCCAUUGUUGCUCAUUUCCAUUCUUGUAUCAUUAACACUAAUGGAAGUGUGCUGUUGAUGCAGCGCGUGUUCUUAGUAGUGUUGCCUGUAGUGCUCUCUGUAGUGCUCUUUAUAGUGUCCUCUGUAGAGGGAGUGGGUAUAAAUGGUUAAUAAAGAUGACAUCCACUGUGCUGUGUGUCUGUCUGCUCUGAA